UGGAGUGGCGGCAGGAGAGGCAUCUUCAUCCAGACGCAGACGACGCCCAACCCGGCGUCGCUCAUGUUCAUGCCCGGCAAGCCCGUCAACCCGGACGCGCCGCCGUUGAACUUCGCGACGCCGCGCGAGGCGAUGGCGUCGCCGCUCGCGAAGAAGCUCUUCGCCAUCGACGGCGUCGUCUCCGUCUUCUUCGGCGCGGACUACGUCACGGUCACGAAGAACGAGACGCACGAGUGGGGCGUGUUAAAGCCCGAGGUAUUCGCCGCGGUGAUGGAUCACUACGCGUCCGGCGACCCGCUCGUCUCAGACGACGCCGAGCUCGUCGCGGCGGGGACCGCGAUCGCGGACGACGACGACGAGAUCGUCGCGAUGAUCAAAGAGCUCCUGGAGACGCGCAUCCGCCCCGCGGUCGCGGAGGACGGCGGGGACAUCGUGUACAAGGGGUGGGACGAGAGCACGGGGGUGGUCACCGUGCAGAUGCGCGGCGCGUGCGACGGAUGCCCGUCGUCGAGCGUGACGCUCAAGUCGGGGAUCGAGAACAUGCUGCGGCAUUACGUCCCGGAGGUGAAGGAGGUGGUGCAGGAGACGGAGGCGGGGGACAUGGACCUACUGGACAUGGCGACCAUGAACCGUUAGUGACGAUGACGCGCGCAAGGGAGGGGGGGGGGGAGAGGCGAAGCAGUGACGGCGUCCUUACUACGAGAUAAGGUGCGUCCUAUACACUGGUCCCCAUACGACCGCGUCGGCGUGGUGAACGCCGAUCCUUAAGGACUUUGCCCGUCGUAUCUCUCCGCCCACCCCUCGCUUUCAAUCCCCGCCUUCGACGCCUUUCAACUCCACCUGACGCCUUUGAACUCCACCCCGACUUUCGCUUGUAUAGAACAGCCCUAAUAGGAAAAAAGAGUUUGUCGU